AUGGCUUAUGAGAUCUCUGUUCCUGAUGCGUAUAGGUAUAGAACGAUUUUCGAUCAACUUCAGCCAACCUAUGGGAAAUUAUCUGGGGAAAAAAUUAGAGAGGUAUUUUUAAAGUUUCAGUUACCAGUUGAAACUCUUGGAAAAAUAUGGGACCUUUCAGAUAUUGAUAAUGAUGGUAGUCUAGAUCAGAGCGAGUUCAUUGUUGCUAUGCAUUUGGUCCAUCAAUCACUGGAGGGUAAAAUAUUACCGGACAAACUACCAAAGAAUUUAGUUCCUCCUGACAAAGAACAUUAUUUUUCAAACUCUACGUCUAUUAAUAAUUCCAUGUUGUGUUUACCGCCUAUUACUAGUGAUGCUGAUUUUAAUUUGGCACUAGUCCCUGUGCAGUCUACAUCAGAAUUAAAUCCAAAACAGAGUACUGGAUAUUUAUCAGCGCUUGUAUCCGCUUUUCCAACCAGUGAAACAUUAACUACACAGUCAACUCAUACAACUCCCACUGUUUGGGCUCUGUCUAGUCAUCAACCUUAUCUUCAGUCGUAUAAUUUUCCAGAAUGGGCUAUUUCAGCAGACGAACAUGCAAAAAAUCUGAGAGUUUUUGCUGCCCUAGAUAUGGAUGCUGAUGGGUUAGUUUCAGGCCCUGAAGUGAGAGAUAUUCUGAUGCGAUCCGGUUUACCUCAAGAUGUUCUUGCUCAUAUAUGGGAGCUGGUUGAUAUACAAAAUACUGGUUUGUUAAACAGUGAACAGUUUACAGUGGCUAUGCAUUUGGCAACGGAACAGUUAUCUGCGGGCUUAUCUAAUCGUACCCUUCCUAAUGUACUUCCACCCGCUUUACAUCCACCAAGUUUGCGCCCUAUUCCUCCAGAUCCGUCUAUUUAUGAAGAAUCUAACAAAUUAAUUGUAGAAAUAGAAGCAUUAAGCCGUGAAAAAUCUGCAGUAGAAUCUGAUUAUGUUUCUAUGGCCAAAGAUUCUCAACGUCGAGCAUCAGAAGCCACUGCAAAACAGCGUACAAUUGAUACCCUUAAUCAUACAAUUCGUAAUCUAGCUAAUCAACGUGUGGAAGCCGAACGUCGACUAGGCGAUUAUAGUCGUGAAAAAGAUACGUUAGAAAAUGUGCUUAAUGAAAUCAAAAGUCAUGUCGUGAAUGAACGUCAAAAAGUUGAAGAAAUGCGUAUUAAAAUCAAUUGUCAACAAGCCUCAACGAAAAGUCAAAAAGAAGAAAUAGCUUGUUUACGUAAUGAGUUGAAUGAAUUAAUACGAGAGGAAGCGAUGUUACAAGAUAAAAUAAUUGAAAACCAACGCCGUUUAGAACAAAUUGAAAAGGAAAACCGUUUAGCCCAGUCUCGCGUAGAUCAAACUAACAUUAAACUUGAAACAUUAGAAUCUACUCGUGGUCAAUUGUUAGAAGUGCUUGAACAAUAUAACGGUUUAUUAAAUGGUGAUGAAAAUAUCAAAGAACCAGAUGAGGCAAGGGUUAAGUCUCUGCUUUCUGAUGAGAGUGCAAAAGAUAGUUUAAGAAGUUUCGAUACAGGUCUUGAUGGUAUAAAUUGGCCAAAUAAUAAUGCGCCUUCUUUUACUACUGGUAUAUCAACUUUCUCAGCAUUUGAUAUGGCACGAAGCCAAACUGGUGCUCACUCUGUACCACUUCCAUUAAUGUCAAUGAAUACUGUAUCGGGUGGUGAUUGGAAGACGAAUGAAAGAGGUCUUCUAAAUUCUUCACUUGGAUUUCCAUUUCCUUACGAUCCUUUUGAUAGUAAUGAUCCUUUCAAAUCUUCUAAAACCAAUGAGUUUCAUAAAGAAUCUGUUGAGGAUCCAUUUGCUUUGUCAAGUACAAAUGAUCCAUUCAAGGAUUCCGAUCCAUUCGGUUUAGAUCCAUUUGGUUUAUCAUAUUUAAUGGCUAAGGAUAAAAAGUCUCCAAAUACUAUUGCCUCAGCAUUUGAUCCUUUUAAACCGGACAGCGUGUGUCCUACUGUACUUCCAGAAAAUUCAUUGAUUGGAGCUGAUUUCGAUGCUGUAUUUGGACCUUCCAACGGUGAGCUAUCGAACAUGACUGAUCCGUUUGGUAGUGAUCCAUUUACACCUUCAAGUACCUCAUUUAUGAUGAAUACAGGUAUGGGUAAUAACAGAGAAAUAAAGAAUCAUAUGAAUUCUGUAAAGAAGUCUCCACCACCUCGACCAAAAACUCAACCAACUCCUGGUAAAUCUAUUCGAGCUUUCAAAUCUGUGGAUGAUAAUUCUAAUUUUCCUACUUCAGUUCAUCCCGCUAACUUUGAUGGAGAUUUUACAGACUUUAAUAAUUCAUCAUCAUUAUCGUCAACAAUGGCUACUAUUCCAUCAAGAUAUCGUAAACAUUCAGUUAGUGGCGUUACUGGUGUUGGCGGUAGUAAUUCAAUUAAUCAGAAAUCAACAUUCACUCUAAAAUCGAAACCUUCUGGUAAAAGUAUAAAAAAGGAUCCACAAAAUUCCCCAUCAUCAUCUUCACCAUCAUUAAUAAAUAAAAUAAAGAAUAUGAAGUCUGCGAGUGGUGGCAGUGAUGUUCCGUUAUCUGAUGAAGCAAGACUCUCAUGGGCUAUCAUUGAAAGUCAACGUCUUGCACAAAUCGAGGAAGAAGCUCGGAAACAAGAAGAAGCUGAUCUUGAACUGGCACUUCGUCUAAGUAAACUAGAUUCAUCAAAUCGACAUUAA